AUGAAGCCUACAGAGGAGGUGUUGGGGCCCCGCAGCAGCUGCUGCUGGGGGCCCCCUGAGGGGCCCCCCAGGGCGCAGCAGCAAGCUACCGGGGCUUUGGGGUGUACGUACACCGCAAGGGCCCGCGUAGCACUUCAGCAGCAGCAGCAACAGCAGCAGCAGCAGCAGCAGCAGCAGCAGCUGACCAGUGGUCACCCCGGGGUGGCUGGAGGACCUCUGCAGCGCAGCAAGGAGCAGCAGAAGCAGCAGCGGGAGGCAUUGCUGCAGGGACACGGAGGUGGUUUGCUGCAGGAGCUGCUGCAGGAGCUGCAGCAGCAGCAGAAGCAGAAUAAGCGGCGGCGGCAGCGGCGGCAUCAAGUGGCGCAGCUGCUGCUGCUGCUGCUAGCGGCGUGGUGCUGCAUGUUUGCUGCUGCUGCUGCUGCUGCUGCUGGCGAGGGCGCAGCAGCAAGACGCAGGUGGAGGGGCCCCCGGCUGCAGCUCGAAGGCCUCUUCGGAGAGACAGACAAAAAGGAGACACCGGCUGCAGCAGCUGCUGCAGCAGCUGCUGCAGCAGGUGGAGUGCAGCAGGAAAAAGGCUGUCUCUGCAGCGAAUACUCGAGGCGAGCUGGGACUUCCUGUCCCCUCGGUGUUGCUGCUGCUGCUGCUGAAGUGAAGGACGUGCUGCGCAAAGUCGCAGAGACGCUGCAGCAGCUGCAGCAGACAACUGCUGCUGUUGCUGCUGCUGCUGCUGCUGCGGAUGGCAGCGUGCAGCAGCAGCUGCAGCAAGUAGCGGCUGCUGCUGCUCAGCAACUGCAGCACUGGCCAGCUGCUGCUGCCCUUGCCGACCAGCAGCAGCAGCAGCAGCAGCAAGGGGAUUCAUCAGUGGCCGCUGGACAGGCAGUUCCAGACACCCAAAGGGACACUUCUGCGUCUCCGGGGGCCCCGGGGGCCCCCGGGGCCCCAGGAGGGGCCCUUGGGGCCCCCGGGGCCCUUGGGGCCCCCGAGGAAGGGUCCUCCUCAGGGGGGGGCCCCGGGGACCCAGAGGCCCCGGGGGCCCAAGGGAAUGAGGGGGUCCCCGUGGCCCCAGGAACUGAGGGGGCCCCCGUGGCCCCAAGGGGGGCCCCAGGGGCCCCAGGGACUGUGGGGGCCCCCGUGGUCCCAGGAACUGAGGGGGCCCCCGUGGCCUCAGGGACUGAGGGGGCCCCCGUGGUCCCAGGAGCUGAGGGGCCCCCCGGGGUCCCUGGGACUGAGGGGGCCCCCGGGGCCCCUGGGACUGUGGGGGCCCCCGGGGCCCCCGUGGGGGGGCCCCCAGGUGGAGCAGUUGCUGAGUUGUCGUUGCUGAAGUCUGAGCUUGAGGGGGCCCUUUUGAGUUUGAGUGGAGAGCUGCGGAGAGUGGGGGGGCCCCCCACCUCCCCGCCGCUGAGUGCGGGGGGCCCCAGCACAGAAGAGGCGCGGCGGCUCGCCCAGCACCUGCUGAACCGGCUGAUGCCGCACGACCCGAGCUACCACGUGCUGGUGAAGUUCUCGGGGUCUCCUCUGUCUCCAAACCGGCUGGGGCGCGUCUUGACUUUGAACUUGAACAAAAUUUGGUUUCGAACUUUAAGUGUCUCCUUUCCCAGCUGCUGCGCGCAGUGGGCCCUCGCGCGCGCACAAACUGUCUCCUCGCCCAGCCAGCGGAGACACUUCAAAAGGAGACACCUCAUCGACGCCGCGGCCUCCUGGUUCGUCUCCAGCCACCGCCUCGCCAUGCUGGGCUUCUGCUUCUCGGAGAAGGCGCAGCCUGUGCAGCCGUGUUCGGGCAAAAUAGCUGCGGGGCUGGACCCCACAGCUGUCUCCUCUUGGCGGUCUCUUUUGCUUGAACAAGAAGUCCUCGCCAACUUCCGCCUUUCCGGACUCGGAGACCUCCGCAGGGUCGCCAUGCUCGGCAGAGAGGUCAGCUAG